AUGAAUAGCCCUGAUUUCUCUAAUGAUAAUGUAUCCGAUGAUACAUUAUAUCAAAGCAUCUUGGAUAAAUUUAAACAAGAUGUUUACGCGAAUGCUCUGAUAUUUGAUAAGGCAGAUACAUUCAUUCAUUUAAUGGAAUGCACAAGAAUGACAAUGCUCAGUAUUCCAUUUUUCAAUUUCGAUCCGAAUUUCGAAUUUUCAAACGUUCUUGACAUUUGCGCAUACUUUGGAUCAAUAAAUUGCUUCAAAUAUCUCAUUUCCAAGUUAGACAUCAAACAAAUUUCUUCGCAAAACACCUUUAGAUGCGCUUGUAUCGGUGGAAACAUGGAAAUCGUCAGAAUUUGCGUCCAAAACAACCUUUAUCGCGAUAUUUUAUCAUUUGCAUGGGCAAUCAGAACACACAAUGAUGAAAUUGCCGACUGGCUUGCCGAAACCACGGAUUUUAUCGAUUUAUAUCAUCCAACAGUCUCAGGAAACAUCAAGAGAGUGAUUCCAUUGCUCACACAAGAGAACCUUGACGACGAGUGCAAGAAACUUAUCGGCGGAAUUUCAGCUGCCUGCCAAAUUUCGAAUAUCAUACUUGCAAGAUUUAUUUUAAAACACGUUCGAUAUCCUUACGAGCAUAUAUCACCACUAUACGAAUCAAUUGUUUCGGGAAAUGUCGAAUUGGUCAAAGAAAUAAUGAAUUUUGAUAAAGAUAUCAAUAAAGUCUCAAAUGUUAAUCAAACACCUCUCAGUUUGGCAAUUAAUCAUGGAUACAUGGAUAUUGCACAAUUCUUAAUUGAAAAUGGAGCUUCCAUUGACAAAUCAUUGGAAGAUAACUUUUGUACUCAUUCAUUAGUUACUCACUUUGAUGUAUUAAAGCUGUUUGUCGAACAUGGACUCGAUGUUAAUAGGAAAUUCUCUGGUCUUCAAGGAGAAACUUUGUUAUUAACAGCAAUUCAGAACGGAAGGAUGGAUUCAAUCCAAUACCUCAUUGAAAAAGGUGCAAAUUUGUACUAUAGGGAUAGACAUAACCGUUCUGCAAUGCAUCAUGCAGUUUUGGGCGCAAACUUAGAAAUCCUCCAAUUCUUAAUUGAAAAAGGCUUCGACAUAGACGACAAAGACGAAGGAGGAGAAACUCCGCUCCAGUUACUUGCCGAGUUCAUCGUAAACGUACCAAAAGAAUAUCAAGAUGGAACAAUGGCAACAAAGGUCAGGAAUGCACUUAAAUUGGGUGCAAAUCCAGUUGUCUCUGUUUACAGAGAACCUGCUGUUAUUGAUGAGGAAUGGAUUCGAAACAAUGUUUAA